GUGAACAGCCAGCGAAACGUGCCCGAACUGCAUAUACGAGCGCCCAACUUGUCGAAUUGGAGAAAGAGUUUCAUUUCAACCAGUACCUUUGUAGGCCUCGAAGAAUUGAGAUGGCAGCUCUUCUGAACCUCUCCGAACGUCAGAUUAAAAUCUGGUUUCAAAAUCGUCGGAUGAAGUUCAAGAAAGAAAAAAAGAUGAAGGUGAAUAUGGACAAGUCUGGCAACAACAGCAGCAACAGCAGCAACGGCAGCGGCAGCGGUAGUGCCAAAUCUUCCGACUGUCUCACCAACAUGAACUCGGAUUCGGAUAGUCAGAGUUCCAUGAAAAGUCUAGAACGACUUGGUAAAAUGAACGGUGCUGGCGCUACCGUCGCGCCAGAUGAUGUGGUCAUGGGCGGCUCGGCGAUAUCGCCGUACCGUCCUCAAUCCGCGACGCCGUCGCCGAGAGGAGGGCUUAUGAUGAUGACGACGACGACGACAGGUGCUGCGACGCACAAUCUAGGAAAUCUCGGACCGCCGCCUCCAGGAAUGAACGGAGGAGGCGGCGGUGUUGGUGGACGAAGCGGCACGCCCGGCCUGUACUGUUCUAUGACGCCGACCAUCACCACCAUAACCACCACCAUCUCUUCCUCGUCCUCCUCAUCCUCCUCCUCUUCGUCCUCGUCGUCUUCAUCGUCCACCUCGUCGUCCGCAUCCGCCUCCUCUUCGUCAUCGUCCGCAUCGUCUACCACGUCUUCGUCGUCGUUGUCGUCUACGACGUCGACCCCGUCGCAACACAUCAAAGACACUCUCCUCCUCUCCACACACACAAACAAUAACAACAACAACAACAACAAUAACAACAACGGCCAUAUCACACCUGGUGGCGAUGGUGGUGGAGGUGGUGGUGAUGAUGGAAGUAGUGAUGACGUCAAGGAUGUUGAUAACAAUGAUAGUAAUAACAUCAACAACAACAACAACAAUCAUACCAAUGGUAGUAACAGUAAUGCCAAUAACAACAACAACAGCAACAAUAAUAGCAACGGGGGUGGGGGCGUGGCUUUGACCAACGGGAACUGUCUAGGAGGAAGUCUACAACUUUUAGGUCCGGCGGCGUGCUCAAUGUCGCCGCCGGUAACCGAACCCGGGGCCCACCAACAGCACCACCAAGCAGCAGCGGCAGCGUUGGUGCCGCCGCCACCGCCACCUCCCCCGCCCUCUUCUCAUCAUUCGAUCACGCAACAUCACCCGGCCGCCGCGGUCGCUCACCACGCGGCGACUGCCGCGGGGUCGGCGAUGCCUCCGCAACACCACGCCCAGCAGCAGCAGCAGCCACCUCCCCCGCACCAUCCGUCGCACCCGCCGCCGCCACCGCCGCCGCUCACAACGUACGUGCCUCACCAUCCUCACCAACAGCAGCAGCAACAACAACAACGACAACAACAGCAUCAUCAUCAUCAACAGCAUCAACAACAACAACAACAGCAACAACACCACCAUAUGCAACAGCAGCAACACCAUCAUCAGCAACAA